GAAUGUUGUGUUUCAUGAUUGAAGCGUAGUACCUUCCGUCCAGCUUUGUCAGCUGCCCACGGUUUGCAUUAAUUUUCAGUUUGUUUCGUCAAGUGCCGCGAAUAUCUAUCGAUAUAGGGAAGAGUUAAUCCCGACUUAUUCCGCUGACUCAAUGAUGUGUAUUCUCCCGUGAUGCGAUACAUUCCGCUUGUUACUCUGCGUCUUUAACUGUGACGAGUGUACGAGCUAGUUGAUGAUCGUUGCCGUUAUCGGGGAGAGAACGACGUGUUGAUACAAUGUCAUUAUUCAACAAACCGAAGCGAAAUAUACGCCGACGUCCUUUCAACGAUGAGGAUGAAGAUAAUGAAAACAGAAUGGAGGCGGAGGACGCGCAGCCUGUCAAAAUUAAGACGAAGAAGAAGGAUAAGCCAAAGCAGACGCUCCUCAGUUUCGGAGAGGAGCUGGAACAAGGGGACGACGGAGAAGUUUUUAUAGUCAAGAAAUCAUCGAGGAGCAAAAAGCUGAUGAAACAGCUAGAUCACGAGAGGAGGAAAAAGAAAGGUGAAGAGAAAAUGCAAGUGGACACUGAGCAAGCGAAUAAAUCCAUUAAGCAGGAAAAAGAUUUAGAGAUAAAGACAGAUGAUCUAGUAGUUAAAAUAAAAAACACAGGCCCCCUGAUUUUGAAUGGACGUGCUGCAUUGGCAGCAGGAAAGGAUGACUAUACAUCGGAUGAAGAGGAAGAUGAGUCUUGCAGUCACAAAUUUCGGAAAAAUACAGAUAAAGCUGAAACUGUUAAGAUACUACUUGAAAGUGGAUGUAUACCUGAUGCAGCUAUGAUCCAUGCAGCAAGAAAGCGUAGACAGAAAGCAAGAGAAUUGGGAACUGAUUACAUUCCUAUUGAAGAGCAAAACGAUGACAAAGGCAAAUCUAGACUAGUACGAGAAGAAGAUCACGAUCGAAGUGAUGAUGAUGAUUCUCAAGAUCGACUUGAUAUGACUAUCAACACAGAAGCACGUGAUAAGGAAAAAAGGAGAGAAGCAUUUCUUGCUUCUCAAGUUCCAAUGAAAUUUUCAGAUAAUGAAAGUGAACACGAAAAUGAAGAAGAAGAAUGGGAAGCUCAACAAAUACGAAAGGGUGUAACCGGCGCUCAGAUUGCAGCAGCACAGCAGGAUUCUAUGUUGCAACAACAAUAUACAAUGGGUAUGAAUGUUAAUCAAAUGAUAGGAUCUGGUGUAUCGUUAGAAAUGGUAUUAAUGCCUGCACCGCCGCCACCUCCGUCCAUUCAACCACCAGAUCCAACUAAGAUCGUACCCCUUACACCACAAGAAGUUGUGAAUAGGAUGCGCGCCAGGUUGGACAGUUUGAAAGAGGUACAUAGACGACAUCAGCAAGAUCAGGAACGUUUAGAACAAGAAUUACAGCAAACCAUGAAAGAAUUGGACGAAGGCGAAGUCCGUACACCGCAUUACGCACAACGCUUCAGAUAUUACCAAGAGUUGCGUGGGUAUGUCACUGACUUGGUAGAGUGUCUUGAUGAGAAGCUUCCUCUGAUUAUCGAGUUGGAACGGCGCUGGUUAGAUUUGUAUGGCGAACGUUCGAUCGAAUUGAUGGAACGGAGACGACAGGAUACGAGAGAUCAGGCAGAAGAAAUAACGGCAGCAAGAGGGCAAGCCAUGAGAAGAGGACCGGAAGUAGAGGCUCAUGUACGACGAGCUACAGAAAGGGAAGGUAGAAGAGCUCGUCGCAGGAGAAUGAGAGAAUUAGCUUUAAAUAUGCCAAAACACAUUGAUGGUAUGUCCAGUGAUGAUGAAGUUACUGAACAACAAAAUCUCGCAUUUAAACAAGCAAAAGAUGAAAUUGAUAAUGAUUGUAAAAACAUAUUUUCUGAUGUUAUGGAAGAAUAUUGUACAAUACGUGGUAUACUUUCAAAGUUCGAAUCGUGGAGAGAGACGGACAUAGACGCUUAUACAGAAGCUUAUGUGUCGUUGUGUUUACCCAAAAUUAUUUCGCCAAUUAUCAGAUUACAAUUAGUUACUUGGAAUCCAAUUAUGGAAAGCGCUGAUGUAGAAAGGACAAAAUGGUACAAUGCGUUGCUUUUAUACGCUUUAGAUAGUAAGGAAACAGAGGAAUCGUUAAAACGAGAUCCAGAUGUUAGGUUAAUACCAUCCACAAUUGAAAAGAUCGUAAUACCAAAAUUAAAAUCUAUUAUUGAAAAAAUAUGGGAUCCAAUGUCGACAUCUCAAACGUUACGACUUGUAGGGGCUAUAAAUCGUUUUGUCAAGGAAUAUCCAAAUUUAAAUGACACGAGCAAACAAUUGGAAAUUUUAUUUAAUACUAUUUUAGAUAAAAUUAAAGCUGCUGUUGAGAAUGAUGUUUUCAUACCUAUUUUUCCAAAACAAGUUUUGGAUACAAAACAUCAAUUUUUUCAAAGACAAUUUGCAAUGGCCGUCAAAUUGUUGCGCAAUUUACUAAGUUGGCAGGGCCUUCUUGGAGAUAUGCAGUUAAAAAAUUUGGCAUUAGGAUCACUUUUGAAUCGUUAUCUUCUCGCUGGAUUACGAGUUUCUUGUCCAACUGAUGCUUUAUUUAAAGCAAAUAUGAUCAUGAGUACACUACCAAGAGCAUGGCUACAAGGGGAAACUAUAGAACACUUGAGAAUGUUUGCUGCUCUCAUUCAACAGCUCAGCGAACAAUUAGAUCAAGCAAAUCCUGCACAUAAUGAAGCCUGGGAAUACGCCAAAUCCAUCUUGAAAAUAAUCAAGCCAUUAUAAUACGUUAAUUACAUUAUAUAAUGUUUUAUCGUCGAUAAUAUUUUAUCAAAUUUCUUGCUUUAGACCACACUACUAUGCUUGUUAAUAGUUUUAUACAUAUAAUACAGCAAGAUCUUGUACAUGAUAUAUUGAAGUAAAUUUUCGAAUGUAUAGUAUACGAAAAGAUACAAUUUUGUAUAGUAAUAAACUAAAAUGAGAGAUAA